CUAAAAUUGACCAUAGUCUAGUUAGUGUUUUGUGCGUUGGAUCACGUUCGUGGCCUAAGGGACCUGAUGGCGGUGGUGCGAGUGUGUGGCUCCCUCACCCGCUGGCUCUGUGUCUCGCCUCUCACUGCCUCUCGUUUUGUGUCGGUAGCAUGCAAGCAGACAAUUGCCGAGAGGCUGGGUCUUCCAGAACCUCCCAAACGGCCAUCAACUGCAUAUCUGCGAUUUGUCAAGCAUCAUCGAGAAGAUGUCGAGAGAAAAUUUCCCGAAUUACCUUACAAAGAAUUACGCUUCAAGUUAUCACGUAUGUGGAGAAACCUUAGUGCUGUUGAAAAAGACAAGUGGAUUCAAGAAUAUAAUAUAGAUAAAGUUGCCUAUAACAUCAAGUAUAAAGAAUAUUUGAAAAUAACAACACCAAGGGAUAUUGAAAAUAUGAAAAAUAUGAAAAAGGAUCUGGCAAGCAAAAAGGAAAAGCGUUACCAGCAGUUAAACAAUAAGAUUGAAAGUGAACAACUUGAAAAGCCUAGAGCACCUGGCAAUGCUUUCAUUUUGUUCCUGUCAUCACUAGACUCGGCAGGCUUAACCAGAAAGGAAUUUCUGAUAGAAGCCUCCAGCAAAUGGCACAGUUUGACAGAAGAGGAGCAAAGACCGUUUGUUGAGAGAAGUAAACGAGAACGAGAACAGUAUAUGCAUGAGCUGUCUGACUGGGAAGCCAAGAUGGCCAAAGCUGGUAGAUAUGAUCUUAUUCGUCCUAAACAGCAGAUAAUGUACAAACUCUUUGAAAAUCGACAAGAAGAACAAAAGGAUUAGAUGCACCAUCGGUCAAUAUUUUUAAGACUACUGUAAUGUAAAAAAUAAACUGUAAUACUGUA